UCGUUUUAUUUACCGUCGAAGAAGUAUACGAUAGCCGUCAGCUGUUGUCCGAAGUUAUAUCAAUUGCAAGAGAAUCUCGAGAAUCAUUUCCAAUUCCCGUAUAGAGUGGUGUUCGCUGUGGCCACACAGGACUCGGUCUUGUUUUACGACUCGCAACAGGACCUGCCGUUCGGACAGGUCUCGCAAAUACACUAUUUACGACUCACAGACCUUCAGUGGUCGCCAGACGGGCGUAUGCUUAUCGUGAGCUCCACCGACGGGUUCGCCACAUUCAUCACGUUUGAGGCCAACGAAUUGGGCGUUCCCUACGACGGGCCCGCCUUUAACUUCAAUGAGACCGAAGCGUCG